GAUGGUUCGACUUACGUCUUCGCCUUCAUUAUCUGUGUCAAAGCAUGUCCUUUCUUCUGGAUCGGUAAUGUUUGUUGACUAUGAUACCCGAUACUCGAACGGCUACUCCUUGUUUCUCGUUUCUUUUCUUUUCCAAAACAUGUAAAGACCGCCGACUGAUUAUCAUCCUUGUGACACGUACCAUCACGACUGCAUUGCAUAUUGGCGCACCUAGGGAUCAUACGGCUGUUAUAUCCGACCUAAUGCGUUUCGGGUCAUUGUUUUGCUUUUUUUCCCCUUUUUUUCCCUUUUCCUUUCAUCUUACCCCAUCUUUCAACAUUGCAUUGUGAGGCUGUCUGCUGUCAUUAUAUAUGGGGGCCAGGGAGUGAGACAGCCUGCGUUUGAUUAUUUUGAAGCGGCAGAAAAACAUUGCAAACAUGCAUCUUGGGAACAGCCAGUUUAGCUCUUCU